AUGGCCGUUAUUUAUUUCAAAAGUCAGUCGUCGCUAGGGAAACUAUCAAUGAAGAAAUGGAUGUCACCGAACGAAUUGAAGAAUGGGACAGAAGAUUUAAUAGAGUUUGAAGAACGUUGA